AUGAUGAUGCUUAGCGGCGUGUCGUUGGGCGAUGUGCUGACCAUCUGCGGGCUGUUCGCGGUGCAGUGCAUCUUCGGCCUGUACAUGAUGUUCCUCAACCGGCUGCUCGCCGCCGGCGUCCCCUCGCUCUUCAUCAUCGUUGUAGCCUGCGCGGCCUCCUCCGUCGUCGUCCUCCCCUUCGCCGUGGCCAUCGAGAGGAAGAAAUGGCCCAAGCGCUGGAGCCCCGUGCUGGUUAUCCAGCUCGUCUUAAUCUCCCUUGGAGGGGUAUCAAUAUACCAAGUAUUCAUGAUGCUCGGUGUCGAACGGACCUCACCGGCGAUAGCCUCUGCCAUGCCCAAUCUCGGUCCUGGCUUCAUCUUUGUCAUCGCCGCCAGCCUGAGGUUCGAGAGAUUUGAGUGGAAGUGCAGGUACACCAGAGCAAAGAUCUUGGGCACGUUGGUGUGCCUCAGUGGAGCAAUGUGCGUGAGCUUCCUAAAGAGUCCCGAUCCCGUAACAGCGCCCAAGUCUGUUCCCGGGGACGACGAAGCGCUCUCCAACAUCAAAAUCGACAGAGAGUGGAUCCUAGGCUGCCUAUACCUGCUGUCUGGAGUCACGGUCUUCGCUUGCAACACUGUCCUGCAGGCUGCAACCUUGAAGAGGUUCCCCGCGCCGCUGUCGAUCUGCGUGAUCACCGCCAUGAUGGGGUCAAUCUUCAGCGCUAUGAUCCAGGUCAUCAUGGAGGGAAAGCUCAGCUCAGGCACGGCGGAGAACGUCCCGAGAAUCGUCGGUGAAAUCGUGCUUGUGGGAGGCGGUGUGAUCGGCCUGUGCACGACGUUCCAGGUGUCAAGCAUCGGUCGCAAGGGCCCUGUCCUGGUGUCGAUGUUCAGCCCGUUCCAGACCGUGUUCUCGGCGUUCAUUUCUUUCAUCCUCUUCAGGCAAUGGAUCGGCACUGGAUGCCUAGUGGGGAUUGUUCUGAUGUUUGCCGGCCUCUAUGUGGUGCUAUGGGCGAAGAACAGGGAGGACAAGAUGUCCGCCGAGCUCGCAACGCCGUCUGACGAGACUGAAUCUGACGUCGAGAGGCCGUUCUUGCAGUGAUGAGUUGGGCAAAAUCGCUUGCUUGGACGCAAACUGUUAGUGUUGCAGGUUGUACCCGAAUCUACACUGAUCAUGUUUACGGUUUGACUUUCCCUUUGCGGGGUUACUGCUUAGAUGUACUUAAAACACCAGUUGUUUGUCGACCGGCUGAGCAAAGGAGAGUUUUUUUCGGAUUCGCUACAGUAGCAGGU